UAUACGAUAGCUAAACAUUUAUUUCUACAUCAACUGAACGAAAGGGAAAAGGAACCAAGAGAAGAAAAAAGAAAAUAAAUUUGAUAGGCAUUUCCAGAAGAACCCAAAAAAAGAAUUAAGUGCAUUGAAAAGGGUGAUUAUAUUGUCACAGUUGAUCCGUGACGCCCAAAUGAAACUAUCAGCGGUGUUUUCUUCCAGCUGUUACUCAUCGGCAAUCGCUAAGAACGCCUUGCAACCACCGUCUCUCAUUACUCUUCCCGCCUCCGCCUUUUUGCCGCCGCUGUCCCGCAAGCUAUCUUGCCGUCACGGCGUUUCCUACAACCGCCUUUCGUUUCGCGGGAAUUCUUCGUUUUCUUCCACCGCCAUAUCCUCCUCUAAAUCGGACAGUCAAUCCCAGGGAAGUGAAUCAUUUUUCAGGGAUACCUUGAGAAGCAUGGAAACUGUUUAUUUAAAUAGAAAUCCUACUGCAAAAUCCAUUUUGGAACUUGUCAGUUCCGUUGAUGAUGAACAAAUUUGCUAUGAUCAUCUGGCUUUCAGGACCUUUGGGGUAAAUGGUUAUGGGAUUAACUCCUUGGCAAGUCUUUUUCUGGAUUAUGGGUAUACCCAAAAGGAGGAACUAAGGUUUCCUGCUAAAAAGUUGAAGGCAUUGUGGUUUUCUCCUCCCAAUAGUUCUUCUCAAGAUGGUGGCAGUGGUGUUAAUGGGCCCUUGCCAAGAGUAUUUAUUUCAGAGCUUCUUGUGGAUCAACUUAGCCCCAGAGCACAGGAAAUUAUUAGAAAAUACACCAAAAAAUCUGGUAGUGGAAAUAAUUAUGCAGCUCUUGCGAGUGCUCUGGGAUCUUUAACAUGGGAGAAGCCUUUGUAUUCUGAAUUUCAACAAUUGGCAGGGGAAAGUGAAUAUGCUGCCUGGACCCUUGUCAAUGGGUAUGCACUCAAUCAUGUCACUAUUUCCACACAUCGGCUGAAAUCUAAUUUGAGAAAUAUCAAAAGCCUCAAUGAGUUCAUCAAAAAGAAUGGGUUCAAGUUGAAUUCUGAUGGCGGAGUUUUAAAAGUGAGUCCAGAUGGCCUUCUGCUGCAAAGUUCAACUGUGGCGGAUUCAAUGCCUUUCAGUUUUUCUGACUGUGUUGUUGAGUCUGUUCCCUGUUCGUACAUUGAGUUUGCUGAACGCCUUGUGCUGCCUCAAUACAAAAAUCUGUCUGAGAGUGAGAUCAAAGAGUCCCACAGGCGAGAUGGAUUUGAGGUUGGAAACGCUGAUAAAAUCUUUGAGAGCACAUCGAAAGAGCAGCUUACAAGGAGAGCUUGAUGGGGGUGCAUAACAACACCUUUACCAAGACCAUGGCAAUUCAAGGAAAACUCUAGCCAGAGGUUGCUUAAUAAGUUAGUCUUCUUUUCAAACAUCUUAAUGUAAAUUAACUAACGUCAUCAUUGUUGGAAGUGGAAAAAUAACUGUAUUGAGUGCAAUAAAUGAAGAGUUAAUUUGAGUUGGUAAA